AUGGACGAGGCGGCGCUGCGGGCUAUGAUGCCUAGCGCGUUUGGCAGGCGUGGUGGUGGUGGUGGUGGCGGUGGAGGAGGAAAGAGGAAGGCUGGGUCUGCGGGGGACGGGUUGGCGGGGGGAGGGGUCGAGGAGAGCGAUGGGCAGUCUACAGUCUUGGGGAAGAGUGCACAGGUCGAGGCGGAAGAUGAGGAUGAUGGAUUGACGGCGGAGGAGCGAGCGGCGAAUAGAGAGGCAGAGGAGAAGGAGCGCGAGAGGCGGGAGCGAGGCCUAGCAUCCGAUGAUGACGACGACGACGACUCCUCUAACGACUAUGACGAUGACUCUGCAGUCGGACCACCCGCGCCACCCGCGCACCCUUCGCCAUCUCCAUUAUUGCCGCCCUCCUCGCUCCCGCCUACAACACACACCGCCUCGUUCACCAACACGCACACGAAGACGCUGUCCGCACUCGCCGUCGACGGCUCGGGCUCCCGCUUCGCCCUAGGCUCAUACGACACGAUGCUCUCGCUCUACGACUUUGGCGGGAUGACGUCUGCGCUGCAACCAUUCCGGCUGUUCGCACCCUGGGAGACAUACCCGAUCCUGGACCUCUCGUUCAACAUGAACAGCACGCACCUGCUCGUCGUCAGCUCCACUGCCGAGGCCAAAGUGUUCACGCGCGAUGGUGCCGAGCUCGGGACGUGCCGCAAAGGCGACCCGUACCUGCGCGAUAUGCGCCACACGCGCGGGCACGUCUCCGGGCUCACCUGCGGCCAAUUCGCGCGCCACGACGCCAGCACGUUCUACACGGGCGGCUCGGACAGCACGAUUCGCGUCUGGAACACGGAUCGCAUGCACGCGGGGCAGGAGGACGUGAUUGUGCUCAAAAGCAGGUCGCGCGGCGGCCGCACCAAGGUCACCGCUCUGGAAUGCGAUACUGCGCACCGGCUGUGGGCCAGUGGCGAGGACGGCAGUUUGGGCAUGUGGGAUCUGAGGAGCAACCUGAACAGCAAGCCGCGCGGUAGUGUGCAGGCGGCGCACGAUGCGGGGACGUGGACGAGCGCGAUUGCGGUGGAGGCGGAUCGAGUGGUGACGCGCGGAGGGGAUGCGACGGUCAAGGUGUGGGAUGUGAGGGCGUUGGGCAGGGGUGCAGUGGUGGAGAGGUGCGGGCUGCCGGGUGCAGGCGUGCAUACGGGCCUGCUGUUGGACCCGUUUGCUGCGAGGGGAAUCGUCACGGCCGUUGCUGACGCCAGCGAUGCUGCGGGCAACAAUGACGACGAACGGGCAGCCGAAACACGCGCCCAGGGUGGCGGCAGCGGCAGCAUCGUCGUGCUCGACUCGCUCACGCUCGCCACCGUUUCGACCACGCGCUGCCCCAGCCUGCCCAUCCGUCUGCACUGGUCGGCGCACACCAACCAGCUCUUCGCGACCCACCGCUCCGGCACCCUCUCGAUUUUCUACCACCCGUCGCGCUCCACCAACGGCGUCCUCCUCCCACUGUCCCGCACGGCGCCCUCCUCGCUUUACACGGCGGCCUCUUCUCUGCCAGCGGGGGGCGCGGAUUCCUACCCAGUGUCGACCGACGAGAUGCGCGGCGCGCUGAGCGAGUCGGCCAAACGCCGCCGGCUCGCGCGCGACCGACAGAGCGCCCAGGCGACGCGCAUGCCGCAGCCCCCGCUGCCCGGCCGCGGCGCCGGUGGCCGCAUCGGCGCCAGUGCCACCCAGCACGUCGUCCAGAGCGUGUUCGGCGUCCCCCAGGACUUGCACGACGACCCGCGCGAGGCGCUCUUGAAGUACGCUACGCCGCCCAAACACGCCCAAGACGCCCAAGACGCCCAGCGCGAGCACGCCGACGAGCAGGACGAGUAUACCAAGGCCUGGACCAAGACCCAGCCGAAAACGCUCUUCUCUGAGCAUGUUGAUGAUUAA